UUUCUCAUCAUUUCAAGAAUUAUAAAUCUUUCCCUACUAAAUUAGGACUAUAUUGUAAAACAAGUUUUCCACCAAGGACUAGCAAAAAUGAAACGAAGGGCGAUUAUCAAAUUAUUCAUUGAUAGGAAUAAUCGGAAAUCUCGGGAAAAGGCCUUCAAAAUUGCUGUUUCUCAACCAGGGGUGGAAUCAGCAGCUAUAAAGGAAGGUGAAGAUUUCCAAUUAGAAGUAGUGGGAGACAUUGACGCAGUAGAUCUUACGAACUGCCUCAGGAAGAAAUUGGGCCACGCUCAGCUACUGAGCGUUGGCCCUGUUGUCGUUGUUACUGAUAGUGACAACGACAACGACAACGACAACUUGGGAGGGGGUACAGGUUUCGAUGCAAAUCCGCAACCCCAUAGUUACCCAUAUUUUGGCGUACCUCAAUACCAAGUUUAUGAAGUUAGCGACCCGAACCCGGAAUGUUGCUCCAUUAUGUGAAAUGUUAAUUACUUGGAUUAUAUUGCAUGAAAUGUAACGGUCUGUA